AUGAAUAUGAGACGCCACAACAUGGCUGUACAAAUCCUGCCCUCCUGUUAUGCGCACGCAUCUGAGCCCACUUCUCGGACAGCCGACUUGGAGAAACGGGUGAUGUGUGGUGUGGUGUGGUGGGGUGGGGUGGGUGGAGGUUGUACACGCGGACACACUGACAGGGACGCACGGCGUAUGCGGCCAUAUUGCCUCGUAGAGGCUGCGGGCGAGACAGUGGCCAUGCGGUCAACCUUAUCGCAUUGGGGCGGGCCAUUCUCUUCUUCUGGCUCUGUCUGCAGCAGUGCUGAGCAGGCCCCCGUACGUGGGUCGACAAUCGAGUCUGUCGGCCCGCAGGCUGAGCUCAAGUCUCGUUCAGAUCAGCUCGUUCGACGGCUCGCCCUUUUCUAG